AUGCUACAAAAUCCACUGAAUAUGUACGAUGUGGAUCAUCAUCGUCUCGACGGAUACUGUCUAUUAUACUCUGUAAACAAUACACAUUUGAGUCCUGAUAAAUCCAUAUAUCAAUUAAUUUCGUAUUGUCUUCGACCAGCAGAGCAAAGUCUCAUCAAUCUUAGUUCCAUCGUUACAUUCGAUUCUAAUUUCACUUUUUCUACAUUACGAGAGAAAAAUAUUAGUAGUGAACAGUUACUAUCCUGGUCAGCAUCGAUUGAUUUGGCUGAACGCUAUCAAGUAUUUUUGAAUGAUAUCUCAUCUUCAUCAUUAACAUUUAAGAAAGAAGACUUGUUCUACAGUUGUUUAUGGCCAUGGUUUGGUCCACUCUGUCAGUUUUCAUUCGAUCCACCAGACAAUAUAUCAUUUGAUACCAUAGUUGCUCGCAAUUUUCCACCAGACUAUGUAAUUUUGAAGGAUGCUAGAAUAACAUGCUACAAGCAUCUUGAUUGUAAUACAUCAAUACCAUGUUUGGACUGGCGCGAGAUUUGUAAUGGGAAAAUUGACUGUGUGGAUGGAUCCGAUGAAUUGAAUUGUUGGCAACUCGAAAUAAACGAAUGUGCUGAGAAUGAAUUUCGAUGCCACAAUGGUCAAUGCAUUCCGGCAGAAUUUUUCCAUGAUACUCCUUCAAAUCCAGAAUGUUUAGAUACAACAGACGAGCGCCUUAUUACAGGAUCUAUUUCAGCAUGUUUUAAAGAUCCUACUUUUCGCUGUGAAGAACAUAGUUGCCGACCAGGAUAUGAAGACUUUCCUUGUGGCGAUGGAAGCUGUAUAGUGGAGAAGACAAAUCGGUGUAGAAACAAGCGUGGUCAAAUGAUAUUAUCGGAUGAUUUAUGUUCGAAAACCAUGGAAUGUAUCACAAAUGCCAAGUCAUUCUCUGACAAUGCUGUUAGAGAAGCUUGUUCAACAAAGAUAUGUCCAGGUCUCAUUUGUCCUAAAAGCAAUUGCCCAUCGUUAUAUCAGUUUCCAUUAUAUCCUAUCUUAUUUGGAAAUGUACGGCUCAUAUAUAAAAAUCAAGAUAGACAGCUCAACGCGAUACCAAUUGUCGAACUGCCGACUUAUGUGUGCUACGAUGAUCAACAUUAUAUUUCACAAUGUUUUCCAUCUGCAAUACGUAUUAAUGAUUCAGCUUGCCAUGAUUUUGAUAAAUUAGGACUGCCAAUGGUAUUUAUAUAUAAUCAGUUGAUCAUUGAAGUUCAAAAAUUAUUUCGACCUUGUAUAAUUGUAUCAAAUGAAACACACUAUUGCAAUCAUUCAACAAUGUAUCAGUGUCAGAAUUCAACUAAAUGUAUAUCAAAACAUCGCCUUGUAGAUUCUAUUCAGAAUUGUCCUUUCAACGAUGAUGAAAUGUUUAAUCAGAGUUGUUCACUGAACGAUUCUCAUCGUCGUUUUACAUGUACAAUACAUAAGAACAAAGUAUGUUUGGCACCAUUAACCAGUCUCGAUAAUAUCGGGAAUUGUGACGAUAAAAGCGAUGAAUUUGAUACGCCUACUAAUCGAUAUUACAAUGAGAACUUUCAUUUUGAGAGGCUGUGUGAUAGUAAGCAAGAUGCCAUACCCGUAUCGAUCGAUGGACUAGAUGAAACGGAUGAAAAUGGAUGUGAACAUUGGCCAUGCAAUAAUACAUACACUCGAUGUGAUGGAUUUUGGUCAUGCAAAGAUGGAGCUGACGAGGUAAAUUGUCCACCAUCGACUUGUCCAGAAUUUGAACAUAGCUGUGUCUUUCCAAGCAACGCAUCAACAGUAUCAUGUUUACCUAUUGCUCGAGCUGGUGAUGGGAUAGUCGACUGCCUCGGCGAAUUAGAUGAACGACACUCACCGUUAAAGAACUUUCUUGGCGGCUCGGAGAGGAUUCAAAACUCUUUUUUUUGUGGGAAUGAAUCAAAUAAAUUGGGAUUUGGUCAUAAUGUAUUAUGCAACAAUCAGAAGCAGUGUCAAUUUGGUGAGGAUGAAGUGUUUUGUGAAAAAAAUGUAUCUUCAACGAAACUCCUCUGUAACCGAGAAAUGUCAUGUCGAAAUAGAGUCGAAAACUAUUUUUGUGACGUUAUAAUAACAAAAAAUCGUAGAAGACCCUCUUUGAAACUACGCCAUAUGCCAGCAUAUCCACCAAAGUUAAUAACUUAUGAGACUACUUCAAUUACACUAUCAUCGACUUACAGGACAAUUCAGCUAGGUCAAAGCAUUCCAACAAGCAACAUACGAUAUCCCGAUUCAUGGCGAUGUAAUCGAGGACUUGCUAUUUUGAUUCGAUUGAAUAAAAGCAUGAACGUACCACGAUGUCUUUGUCCACCGAGUUACUACGGAGAUAAGUGUGAAUAUCAAAAUCAACGUGUCAGUCUCACGCUUCAAAUACGUAUGACGUCGGAUUGGCACAUUCCAUUCACUUUUAUUCUUAGUCUGGUAGACAAUGAAAAAAAUAUUGAAUCAAAGGAUUAUAUUGAAUAUUGGGCCAUUCGGGAUUGUGACACGAAAUUCGACGUCUAUUUACUCUAUUCAAGUCGGCCAAAAAAUCCAUUGAAAAAUUUUUCAGUAAUAAUCGAUGCAUUCAAUAAAUUAACAUUGAAAUAUCGAGCCAGUUGGAUUUUCCCAAUUCAGUUCCCAUUUUUACCUGUACAUCGUCUGGCCGUUCGACUCAUAGUUCCGACUUCAACAAUUGGCCCUCAUGAAAAUUGUACACCAUCGUGUAUCCAUGGGCACUGCUUUACUUAUGUCAAUAAUAAAAAUUCAACAUUCUGUCGGUGUGAAUCGGGUUGGACAGGUUUGCAAUGUAAUAUUCAGUAUACAUGUGAUUGUGCAUCCGAUUCAUUAUGUGUCGAUAACUUUACUUGUUUAUGUCCUACCGAUAGAUUUGGUCCUCGAUGUUAUCUUCUACAAUCGACAUGCCAUUCUGAAUUCUGCAAAAACGAUGGUCGAUGUGUGUCUAACGAUAUACGUCGGGCACAUUCACAGCAAAAAAAGCAGUAUGUAGUUGUUCUGAAGAGUUCUCAGGAGAUUACUGUGAACGCCGACGCAUUCGAAUCGACAUAUCAUUUGAUAGUAGAUUGA